GCGAGGCGGUUUGAAGCCUUGACAGGCCGGGGCGUGCUCUCGCGUGCCAUGGCGGCGCUCGGCGCCUACCGCUGCAUCGAGUGCAACCGGGAGGCGGCGGAGCUGUACAGGGAUUACCAGCGCGGGGUGCUCCGCAUCUCCAUCUGCAAAUCCUGCCAGAAACCUGUGGACAAAUACAUUGAGUAUGAUCCUGUUAUCAUCUUGAUUAAUGCUAUUUUAUGUAAAGCACAAGCAUACAGGCACAUUCUUUUCAAUACAAAGAUAAAUAUUCAUGGUAAGCUCUGCAUAUUUUGUUUGCUCUGUGAAGCUUAUCUCAGGUGGUUGCAACUACAGGAUUCAAGCCAAAAUACAGAUCCUGAUGACUUAAUCAGAUAUGCCAAGGAAUGGGAUUUUUAUAGAAUGUUUGGUAUAGCUUCUUUAGAACAAACUUCAUUUUUGGUUGGCAUUUUUAUUACCUUAUGGUGGAUGAGACCUGAGAUGCUGAAAACAAAGUCUGACUUCAUUUUACUUCUCAAAGCACUACUGUUGUCCAGCUAUGGAAAGCUUUUGCUAAUUCCAGCUGUUAUUUGGGAACAUGACUACACGCCUUUGUGCCUUGCAUUUAUAAAAGUGUUUGUCUUGAUAUCAAACUCUCAGGCAAUUAGAGUUACAUUGAACUUGAACCGAAUGCUCCCUUGGUUGGCCAUCUUCUUUGGAUUAAUUUUGGAAAAUGGCGUGGUUUACUUGUUCCAGAAAAUGGGGUGGGAUGUUUGAAAUGUCAGCCCAGAUCUGAAGAAAUACCAACAACGUGAUGAUCGCUUUCUAAGAAUGAUGUCUGCCAGCAGGUUCCGAAGACACUAUUUUCAUAGUGAUAAAGAAGGUGAUAGGUAACAAAAACUUGCAUUAGUGGUGAGCGUAGACAGUUUUAGGAUGAGUUAAAAUAAGAAACUGUAGAAGUCUGGCUAUUUAAUGUGGCGAGCCAUAAAUCUUCAGCCUUAGCUUGUUUAUUUUCCCAUUAAAAAAUAUGAAUGUGUCACUAUGCGAAUAGCUUUACAAAUCUGGCUGUAACAAAAAAGGUACACUAAAAAAGCUCAUCACUGCUUCCAGUCACUGCAUUUUGGCAGAAAGAGGAGGAUGAAUCGUUCCCUUAAGAGGAAGGAAAAGAGUCAGUGGAAAAAUGUAAAAGCCAAAAUUGAUAUUUCCACAAAAACGGAUUUUCAAAGAGAGAAGUGGACAUAUGCAAGCAUUUUAUUAGAGAAGAGUCAAGUAUUGCAGAGUCAAACUACAGUGGGAAAACUAAGUUGCAUUCUCUGGAAUGCUUGUCUAAUGAUCCAAAAUAAUAAAGUAACAAGUGCUAGAGUAGUCUCUAGGAACUAUAGUUUUAACUGGCUUGAAAUUUUAUGUGAUCUCAUACAUGCUGCUGCUUUGUUCUGAAAGCUGAAAACAGACUGAAGGGGCUCUGAUCCCCAGCAUACAAGGUUGUUUGGAAUACUGCUGCUUCUGCAUUUAACAUUAAGCCACAUCCCCCGCAGCCAGCCCUCAUCUGGCAGCAGGUUUAGUGGAAGCAAACAGUGAAGUAUGAGGCUGCUCAGCAAUACAGUAGUACUUGUUAGGAAAAAAAAAAAGAAAAAAAGCAAAACAAAUCCAAAAAACCAAAACAUGUUUAGGCCUAAAUUAGCGAACAAACAUUUAUAGAAGUUCUGCACCUUUUUCCCCAGCAGGCAAAGAGAGGGCUGGAUGGCCCACAAAGGAACUGGCAGAAUUACUUUUCACAAGACAGUAAUUAGGACACGAACCUCCUUCUUUUGCACAAUUUCCAUUACAUUCCAUCCAAUGUUUAAUUCUCCUGCUUCAGUUCUGGAAGGCUAUGCUAUCUGUAGGUACUACUUCCAUUCUUCAUUUUCCUCAGAUGCAGUCUCAUCUGUGUUUUGCAAAAUGCAUCAAAUAACAUUUUGCAACAUCUUCAAGUUCCAUCUUCAAUUCCAAACAGGUUUAGAGUAAGUCUAGAUUAUGACACAGAAGACAUCAGACGUUUGUCUGAUGCAACUGCCCAUGCCACGGUAAGUUAUUUGGUCAGAAAGGCAAAUGCUUGCUGAUCCUGUUUUAAUAGGUCAGACACUGACACCACUCACGUGCCAUUUGUGUUAAAUUUGACAUCUUUCUGAGCAUGUGAUGGUAUGGCUAGAGAAGGCAAAAACAAAACCCAAAUUGCACCUCUUAAGUACAUGAGACAGUUUAGCACUGCAGCUGCCCGAGCGAGCACAUAGUUGUGAGGGUGUAUGAGGGAUCCACCUCGCUACUGGUGUGAAUCAGUGGCCAGAAAAUUGAGUGUAGGUGUGUAGUCGCUCACUGGCUGAGCAGAAGCUUUGGCAACACAGUACUUAGAACGUGCUUUGCUGUAUAUGAUUAGAUAUGGGGAGAUACUCCACCCCCAAAAGCUUUUUUAAAAACAGUAUGUUGCCAAAGGUGCUUUGAGUAGCGUUCAUCUUCCUCCCCCAACACCAGCACAGAGCGUUGCAACGGAGGCCGCAGGGUGAGUGGGUGCAAAGGGAAAGAGCAGUAGAUCUUUUAGAAAAGCUUCAGGGAUGCUGGUCAGGCGUGCUUUCAUUUUCCUUCUUCACCUUCUGCCUUGAGUUUAAGAGGGAAUGAAGUUGUGCUGCAGCAGAGGGGAUGACAGAAGAAUAUGCACUAGGAAAGUGCUGGUGCCUGCUGAGCCAAAGCCAGUUUGUUAUUGUAGUUGUCAUUUGGCUUUUACCCACCUCUGUGUUCAUCUUGGUAUGACCUUAUUGCAGCCAGUAGUUUCUCACCACUCUGUGUGUCCCUCUUCAGGAAAUGUGUGUCCUUUCUACUGCCAAUUUUAUUUUUCUAAUGAUGUAACAACAGUGCUUUGGUUUGUUCCUCUCAGGUUAGAUUUUUAAUUUUCUUUUUAAAUCUUGUUGUGAUUAUACACAAAAGAUUUUUAUUUUUUUUCAGAAAUUUCUCCCUUGUCUACUCUGGCACUGGUUUCAGUUUAAAGGGUGAGUGAAGCCCAUUUAAGUGUGACUAAUGCAAGGGGAAGAUUUUGGCGUUACAUGUAAUAUAGAUAUUACCUAGUCAGCAGUAAAAUUGUAAAUACAAUGUAUGUAAAUUUUGUUUGGGAACAGUUUUCUUAAAUUAAAGUUUAUUUUUAAUUUAAAAAAAAAUUGAUUUCUGGACAUUUUAUGAGUUUUAUUCAGAAGGCUUAGAAUGGACAUGAACAUAUCCCGAAAGUAGAAAUGCUUGUCUGUCUCAUGUCUGCCAAUAACAUAUCAGUUAUGCACUCUGUAAUGCUAGCAGGAGCCACCACUGUCCUUGUGCAACUGAGGAUGGAGAAGAAAAUGAAGAGCUACAGAGCUGUGGAACGAAAGCAGAUGUUGUACAGGUUGUCAGUCUUCAGAGGCAUCGUUAUUGUCUAGUACUGUAGGACAUUGCCUUGUGUGGUUUUAUGGCUAUUCAUUUACCAGAACUAACAUGACAAAUACACUAAUAUUUCAUAAAUCAUGAGGAACUUUAGGAUGCCCUCUGUGUGUGUGUAGGUCUGUGUGCAUUUUUUUUUGCCUUUGGAAAAGGAUUCCAUAUGGUGCUUGAGAGAACCAAGACUAUUUUUAAGGUCGUGCCUGUUCAAAAACAAGUCUUGCUUUUAUUCUUUUUUGUCUUUUGAGCUCCUCUUCUUUCAUAAACUCUUUGUAAUGAAAUAGUCAUUGAUGUAUGACAAAUAGCCUGCCCUUUCUAUAUAUCUUCAGUUGCUUCCUUAACUUAUGGGAAAGGCUUGACUUGAGUUAAAAAUAUAACAGCCUGCAAAUAAACCCAUGUAAACUCUUUGAGUUUUGCUUGGAAUCAAAAGGGUUAUCACGGCCUAUGAGAAGUUCAUGGGCCUACGGAGCAAAUUCUAGAAUCCUGUUGGAUGAAAUGCACAGAAGAACCAGUGAUGUUAUUCAGACUCGGGUUGAGCAACUGUUCAGUGAUUGCACAGUGGGAGCUGGGAACUUCAACUGGGACCAUAGGUCAGGUAACAAGUAUUUAGAAAUUACUCUAUAUAAAAUUGGAGAAUUAGCAUAUAAGCUAGGAAGGGCUUAAAAGAAUGUAGGCGUCAGGCAGACUUCUACAAAAUUAAGAGUUGAGAAGACUAAGGGGAUAGAAUCUCAAGAAAAAUUCGUAUUUAAGAAGAGAUGCAGUAUAGAUGAGUGUAUGAUUAAGCAAAUAUAUGAACAUCCUACUCCUAAAUUUUUGAAGGAUGAACGUGAAAGACGACUAUUAUUUAUUGUAGACAUUUUUGUAAUAGUCUAAGUGGUAAUAUGAAAUGGCAAAGGAUGUCUUCCAAAGAGUAAAGUCUAUGGGUUUCCUUAAGAAAGUCACUCAUUACUUCAAUGGUUUGCACUCUAUCCUUGAAAAUACACUUUUAUGAGAAGAAUUACCAAUUGCAGAGAGAUAGAUUUAAUCCCUGUGAAUAGAAAGAGCUGUGCAACUGCAGAUCUUCCUCCUUCAUUCUGCAGUAGUGGCUGGUGGAAGCAAGUGCUACUACCCUCAUGACCUCGUGCAAGCACAGACAAGCGAGUCCUUUCUUCCACAAGUCGUGUCUCAGGCAUAUAAACUGCUGUUUGUUAGCCCAGUCUUCACCGAACUGAAAGUAAAAUAGGACAUCUGCACUGGAAAGCUAUUAGCUGCUGAUUUCUCAUAGAACAAGAAAGCCAUUGUUUUUCAGGAGCCUGCAUGCUUUUGCAAUCCAUCAGCUCUCCCCCAGUUGGGUAGCGUUAAGCACCACAGUGCCAUCUGGAGUUGAAAAGUAAAGCACUAUUGUUUCCAAAACUGGAAGGAACAUAAAAGCACCGUGAGUGUGUAUUCUUUGAUUAAUUUUUGCUUUGUAAAAUCACAAACUCGAGCUUUUAAAAUUACCAUUCAUUUUCAGUUUGGAGAAGUGUUAGAGUGAAGUUAGUGGUGAAAAACAGGUCACAAAAUACUUGUUUUGGUGACUUGGGAUCAAAGUCAAUUCAAUAUAUGCACCAUGAAAGCUAUAAAAUGCAAAUUAUUUUAGUACAGCAUCUCUUUGUUUAAGACAUAAACAGUCCUGCAAGACGGGAUUAUUCUGAGUAGCCUUGGUGAGCUCAGAGAAAAUCCAUGGUGCAAAAGAUACAGUGAAUGCAUUCAUUCCUCUACUGCUAAAAAUCAAUAGGAAUUUUGUGGCUGAAUUAAUUUGAAAGCCAGGUUGCUGCAGUGAGAAUUUGCAGGAAGGUGUAUAUAACAAGAUUCCUGUUUUCUCUCCUGCCUCUUAUAAUGCUGUUCUGACCUUCUUAGUCUUUCCAAUAAUGCUGACUGUAUUACUGAGGUGGCUAGAAAGAAGAUCUGAACACGAGGAGCUUUGUAAAAUCUUUUUUCCUAAACAUGAUCUGCUGUCCUAAAUUUGCAAAGCUCUUUAGAGCCCUGUAUAAAUAAAUGGCAGGUCUGCAAAGCAGCUGGAAAUACUGACGAUGAUGUUUUAAUUGCUGUUCAUUCGGAUAACAGGUGCUGUUUGGGUUUGUUUGGGGUUUUUUUCCUGGGUAAAAAUGUGGUUUAAAUUCUUUUACAUAGUAGGAUAAGAGUGUGAACUCAUACAGUUUGUACACGUGCUGGCUGCUGCAGAAAUAAAUACAGCUAACCCCCAUAACUUCUUAUAAUCUCUAACUGUAAUUCUGAGUACACUUUUGGGCAAAAGAACUGUUGUCCAUAAGCUGCACAGAAGUGCCUGACAUAGCUAUCUGAGCAGAGGAGUGGGGACCUGAAUUAGGACCUGAAUCCUAAUCCUGGCUCUAAGACCAACUACUGCUGUGACCUUGAGCAAGUCAUAUAUGUGGCUCCAUAAAAUGAUUGUACCUCCACCUUCACAGGAGGAUUAAUUUGGUCAUGUCUGGUUAAAAAGAUGAAAAGCAUUAAGUCCUCUCAGCUGCCGGUUGUUGGGAGUCAGUCAACACCAUGAUACUGAAAUAGACAUGCCAGGGGCCAGAGGAUGUGAAUAUUGAAGGUGACAUGUUUAAAGAAGUCUUUGUUGUUAUGUUAAGGGAAGAUUCAAUUCUCACCCUUGCUGGCAUACCGUUCUAUUAACAGACAUAUCUGAAGACUUUUAGAUGUAAAUCGUAAAUCCCUUAUUGUGACUUUUAAGUUACUGCAGCUGCUGCGUGCCUAAAUAAAUAUGAAAUUAGUUAAAAAACUGGGAGGAGAGGGAGCUAGCACAUAAACUGAUCUUACUUUCAGCUAUCUGAAAGGAAAAUUAAGGUAUUUUAUGUGACAGUUUGAGGCUUUGAGCUAGAUGCUUUUGCGUAAAAAUUAUUUUAAAAAAAUAAAUUACAAACUGUCAGUAUCUUUGCAGUAAUGAACCCAGUAACAUUGCACAAAUUGAAACAAGAAAACAAAAUCCCAACAACACAGAAGCGCUUUUACUCACCUUGCAUUCCCUUCUUAGAACUGCUAAUUCACUCUGUAAGCAUCCGUGGGUGUUAAGUUUAUAGCGAUUCCCAGCCACGCAUGCUGUAGCCCAUCCAAUGCUGUCAUACAUGCAGCGCUCCUAAACUUUGAUCCCUUCUUUGGUGUCUCACUUCACUUCCAGUAUAAUGCUUUAGUUCUAACCUUCAAAGCCACUAAUGUAUCAUGUCUUGGCUACAGCAAAGACAGCAUCUCUUUCUCUCAGUAGGACUACAGUGUUCUUUUGAUGGCCAGAAAUCAAAAGUAAUCAAAAGUCAUCAGGAGUGUAAUAAUAACUAGGAAUAAAACAUUCUCCAUUGAGAGCACAAAAGAAAGCGCCACAUACCAGCACCAGGAAAAAUGGCUUGGACUUUGCAGAAUAGGGAGCGAAAGUGAAUGUAUCACUGCGAGCAUACUCCUUAUCGAUUUUUUUCAACAGGAAUCUUUGUUUCCCGAUGAGGACAUUUCUCCUACUUAUGAGCAUGGAAAUGGCAGAUGGGUUGCACAGCAAGGAAAACACAAUCCAUCUCUUAUUCUGUCCUGGCAGAGAGCAAAUUGAAAAUAAGACAGUGCUGAUUAGCAAAGAAUUUUUUCAGGAAGGGUCGACAUAUUAUGCAAAACCUUUCCUUUAGAAAAGCAAAUUAACUUUGCUGUGGAUGAACACAAUGGUUGCAAGCUUCCAAUUCCCUGCUACCCCCUGCAACAUGAAAAUCCAUCAGACAGACUCCUCGACUGUAGGACUGCAAAGCAUUUAAGACUUUUAAAUAAAUACGGCAGCCUGUACCUAUUCGGGUCUACUUCAGGCUUCCGAUUUGUAGGCCCUUUGGAGAAAGGCCAGUGAAGAGUUACCCAUGGUAGAUUGUCUUCCAAACAGCUGUACUCCCAGUUUUCCAUCUCUGAGCAGCAGGAGCCCGACUGUCCUCGUUUCCUUGAAAACCUGGCUUUUCCUGCACCAGCUCAGUACUGGCUAAGCUGGCUGCGCGGGACUGAAAGAGUUGUGCGGUAUUCACUGGAUACACUCAGCACACAAGAAAACCACAAGAAGCUAGCAUGAAGACCUUCCUUUGGCAUUGCUGAACUAUCCUAUCACCUGCUUUUUCUGAAGAAAGACGACGGAGGGGGUGGGGAAGUAUCACACACCACAACGCCAUCUCAACUCAGAAAAAUAGGAUACAGCAUCUUUCAGGGCCAACACAUAACACUUUGUGAGGUCAUGAAACCAAGACACAGUGUCCCAUACAGACUGAACAUGAGGACUUUAGGACAUGACGCGGAAUGCUGCGCUAGCUGCCAGAAGGUUAUAGACAAGCCUUUCCACCACCUCGGAUCUAUGCUGCUUUUCUUACCCAUCUCCAUUUUCCUCUCUAAAGAACAUGACAACUUUCUCUCCCCUCGUUGUUUAAGCAUGCACUCCGCGGGAAACAUAUGCUACUCUUCCUUCUCUCUAUUCUGUAAGAGGAAACCAGUGCUUGUACAAAUCUCCUUCUGCAAAAAUUUGUCAAACAAAAACAAACCAACCAAACAAGACUGGAGGAGGCAAAAUAAAAGAGAGGUAUUUGUACCAUAUCCUGACCCUCCACCUAGCCCUGCUGAAGUAAUUUCUUCAGACUUGUUAAGCUAAUGACUGUUUACCUACCCAAGAAUAAAGUCAGAACAUCAACCUUUGGAGGUGGUAGUCGAUGAAGUUUGGCUUGCCCCACCUACACAAACUGCUCGCCUCAGGUAAGAAAGGAUGCUGUGAAGCUGGACUUAACGCUAUGAUGUGCGAACAUGAGACCCACCAGGCAGGCUUGCAUCAGAGAUAAAUGUUUGAAGGACAAGACUGUGGUGAAGAACUGCUCAAAGAUUGAUUAGGAGUGAGUUGAGCCAGAAAACUCAGCCUGGAGACAGAUGACUGUUUCUUCAUCUCCUGAGGAAUGCAGGAGCAUUUUCACCAGCAGAUCUCCUGUUGCAGUUCUGUAAAGCACUUCAGCUCUUUCUGUAAAGAUCAGUUCUAUGCCAAGACCAAUCUCCAAGACAGAAAAUUGCUCUGCAGAACUACCUUCACAGGCCUUAACACCAAAUAGUUACAUUUAGUAUCUUAUUUUUCUGUAGCUGCCACUAGCGUCAAACAAUCAAACAAGAACAUUAAGUCUAUUGAGAAAAAUGCAGCCUCUGGCUCUUCACAACUUUCAAGAACGAUCCCCAAGGUAGCAAAAGCCUGAAGAAAUGUCCAAGCCUGCUAGCACAAGCAUAUAGUUUUUAAUCCCAGCCAAUCUGCAUUUGACUCUAGAGUUUUAUCAUAGCAGCUACAAGACAACCUAUAAUGCACAGUCCCACGCGAUCAACUCUUCCUCAGGAUCACAGUUCCAAAGUGAGCUCUCCUCUCCUCCCUCCUCUCCAAAGCAUCUAAAUCCAUCACUUUCUCAUCUUUAGAAACUUACAUACAUAGUACCUU